CGGCCCUCAUUCCUCCCUCUCCUCUCCUUGUCUGUCCCCCUGUCCCUCUGUCUCCUCUACUGUCCCUGUGCCAUGGGGGCUGCCGACGGUCCCCCAAUGCUGCUGCUGAUCUUGAAUUGCCUCCCUCUGGCCCUGGGGGACCCCAUGUACUCCAUGAUCACCCCCAACGUCCUGCGGCUGGAGAGCGAGGAGAUGGUGGUGCUGGAGGCCCACGAGGUCCAAGGGGACGUCGCUGUCACCGUGAACGUCUAUGACUUCCCGGGCAAGAAGCAGGUGCUGGCCAACGAGAAGACGAUGCUGAACAACGCCAACGGCCACAUGAACACUGUCAACGUCAAGAUCCCAGCCAGCAAGGAGUUCAAGUCUAUGAAGGGGCAGAAGUUCGUCAUCGUCCAGGCCACCUUUGGCGGCACGCAGGUGGAGAAGGUGGUUCUGGCCAGCCUGCAGAGUGGCUACCUCUUCAUCCAGACCGACAAGACCAUCUACACCCCGGGCUCCAAGGUCCUCUACCGGGUCUUCAGCGUGGAUGACAAGCUGCUCCCUGUGGCCCGAACUGUUGUCAUCACCAUUGAGACCCCUGAUGGCAUUCAAGUGAAGCGAGACUCCAUGUUUGCUAAUGACCAAGGUGGUAUCUUGUCCUUGAGUUGGAAUAUUCCAGAGCUGGUCAACAUGGGGCAGUGGAAAAUCCGAGUCCACUAUGAGGAUGCCCCUGAGCAGAUCUUCACGGCUGAGUUUGAGGUGAAGGAAUAUGUGCUGCCCAGUUUUGAGGUGCAAGUGGAGCCGAAGGAGAAAUUCUACUAUGUAGAUGAUCCAAAGGGGCUGGAAGUCACCAUCAAGGCCAGGUUCCUUUAUGGCAAGAACGUGGAAGGCACCGCCUUUGUCCUCUUUGGGGUCCAGGACGGGGAGCAGAGGAUCUCACUGUCUCAGUCCCUCACCCGAGUGCAGAUCCAGCAGGGCUCCGGGCAGGCCGUGCUGAAGAGGGAGGUGCUGCUGGGUGGGGUGCGCCCCUCCACCGCUGAGGCCCUGGUGGGCAAGUCUCUGUAUGUGUCAGUCACUGUCAUCCUGCACUCAGGCAGCGACAUGGUGGAGGCAGAACACUCAGGGAUACCCAUCGUCACCUCCCCCUACCAGAUCCACUUCACCAAGACGCCCAAGUUCUUCAAGCCGGCCAUGCCCUUCGACCUCAUGGUGUACGUGACCAACCCCGAUGGCUCCCCGGCCAGCCGCGUACCAGUGCUGACGCAGGGCUCCAACGUGCAGGCCCUGACCCAGCCGGAUGGAGUGGCCAAGCUCAGCAUCAACACCCCCAACAGCAAGGCCCCCCUCAGCAUCACCGUGAAAACCAACAAACCCGGCAUCCCUGAGGCCCGGCAGGCCACAGAAACCAUGCAGGCCCAGCCCUACAGCACCCAGGGCAACUCCAACAACUACCUACACCUCUCGGUGCCCCGCGUGGAGCUACAGCCCGGGGAGACCCUUAAUGUCAACUUCCACCUGCGCACGGACGCCGGGCUGGAGGCCAGGAUCCACUAUUACACCUACAUGGUCCUGAGCAAAGGGAAGCUGCUGAAGGUGGGCCGGCAGGUGCGCGAGGCCGGGCAGGACCUGGUGGUGCUCCCCCUGACCGUCACCGAGGACUUCAUCCCUUCCUUCCGCCUCGUGGCUUAUUACACCCUCAUCAAUGCCAGGGGGCAGAGGGAGGUGGUGGCCGACUCCGUCUGGGUGGACGUCAAGGAUUCCUGUGUUGGCACGCUGGUAGUGAAAAGUGCCAACGAGGAAGAGGAAGACAAACAGAACUUGCCUGGGGAUCAGAUAUCCCUGAAGAUCGAAGGUGACCCGGGAGCCCGCGUGGGGCUGGUGGCUGUGGACAAAGCCGUGUUUGUGCUGAAUAAGAAGAACAAGAUGACUCAGAAGAAGAUCUGGGACAUCGUGGAGAAAUCAGACAUUGGCUGCACCCCGGGCAGUGGCAAGGACUAUGCAGGGGUCUUCAUGGACGCAGGGCUGGCCUUCAAGACCAGCAAGGGCCAGCAGACGGAGCAGAGGACAGAUACGAAGUGUCCCAAGGUUGCAGCUAGGCGACGGCGCUCUGUGCAGCUCAUGGAGAAGAGGACCGACAAAGCCGGACAGUACGCGGACAAGGAGCUGCGGCUGUGUUGCGAGCACGGCAUGAGAGACAACCCCAUGGGCUUCGCCUGCGACCGCAGAGCCAAGUACAUCUCGCAGGGCCCCGGGUGCAAGGCCGCCUUCCUCGACUGCUGCAAAUACAUCGCCCAGCUGCGGCAGGAACUGGCCCGCGAGCAGCCGCUGGACCUGGCCCGCAGUAACCUUGAUGAGGACAUCAUCCUGGAGGAAGACAUCGUUUCCCGAAGCCAGUUCCCAGAGAGUUGGUUGUGGAAGGUCGUGGAUCUCGAAGAAUCUAGAGGAGAUGGAAUCGCCACGAAGACUAUCGAUGUCUUUUUGAAAGAUUCCAUCACCACCUGGGAGAUUCUGGCUGUGAGCUUGUCGAAAAAGAAAGGGAUCUGCGUGGCAAAACCCUACAACAUCACGGUGAUGCUGGAUUUCUUCAUCGACCUGCGUCUGCCUUACUCUGUGGUCCGCAACGAACAGGUGGAGAUCAGAGCUGUCCUCUACAACUACCGAGCACAGAAGAUCAAGGUGCGGGUGGAGCUGUUGUAUAACCAGGAUUUCUGCAGCAUGGCGACCGCCAAGAAACGCCAUGUGCAGACGGUGGAGAUCCAGCCCAGGUCCUCCGUGUCUGUGCCCUAUGUCAUCGUGCCCCUCAAGGUGGGCCAGGUGGAGGUGGAGGUCAAGGCUGCUGUGUACAAUUUAUAUGCCAGUGACGGUGUGAAGAAGAUUUUGAGGGUUGUGCCCGAAGGAGUUCGAGUCAACAAGACAGUGGCUGUCUGCACGCUAAAUCCUGAAUCCCUGGGACAAAACGGUGUGCAGCGAGAGGAGAUCCCAGCGGCAGACAUCAGUGACCAAGUUCCAGACACAGACAUAGAAACCAAUAUCCUCGUGCAAGGGACCCCGGUGACCCAGAUGACCGAGGAUGCCAUCGACGGGGAGCGCCUGAAGCACCUGAUUGUCACUCCGUCGGGCUGCGGGGAGCAGAACAUGAUUGGCAUGACGCCCACAGUCAUUGCCGUCCACUACCUAGACAGCACUGAGCAGUGGGACAAGUUUGGCCUGGAGAAGCGGCAGGAGUCCCUGGAACUCAUCCGCAAGGGGUACACCCAGCAGCUGGCUUACAGACAACCCAGCUCAGCCUAUGCUGCCUUCCAGAAGCGACCACCCAGCACCUGGCUCACCGCCUACGUGGUGAAGGUCUUCUCUCUGGCCUCGAACCUCAUCGCCAUUGACUCCCAGGUCCUCUGUGGUGCCGUCAAAUGGCUCAUCCUGCAGAAGCAAAAACCAGACGGGAUCUUCCAGGAGGACGCACCUGUGAUGUCUUCAGGAAUGACUGGUGGCAUGCAGAAUGCUCAGGAGAAAGACAUGGCCCUCACUGCCUUUGUCCUCAUCGCCCUGCAUGAGGCCAAGGAUAUCUGCGAGGGACAGGUCAACAGCCUGGGACGUAGUAUCACCAAAGCUGGAGACUUUCUGGAAGCCCAGUACCUGAACUUAAGAAGGCCCUACACUGUGGCCAUCGCUGGCUAUGCCCUGGCACAGUUGGGCAAACUGGAAGGUCACUACCUUGAUAAAUUUCUGGGCACAGCCAAAGAGAAGAGCCACUGGGAGGAGCCUGACCAGAGACUUUAUAACAUAGAAGCCACAUCCUACGCCCUCUUGGCCCUGCUGAAGAUCAAGGACUUCGACUCCGUGCCACCAGUUGCACGCUGGCUCAAUGAGCAAAGAUAUUAUGGAAGCAGUUAUGGAUCUACCCAGGCCACCUUCAUGGUGUUCCAAGCCCUGGCCCAGUACCAGAAGGACGUCCCCAACCACAAGGACUUGAACUUGGAUGUCUCCAUCAACCUUCCCAGCCGCAGUAGUCCUGUUACUUAUCGUCUUUCUUGGGAAUUAGCCAACCUGCAGCGAUCAGAAGCGACCAAGGAGAAUGAAGGCUUCGUCCUGACCGCCAAAGGGAAGGGAGAAGGCACCUUGUCGGUGGUAACAGCCUAUUAUGCCAAAGUCAAAGACAAGGCUUCCUGCAAAAAGUUCAACCUUGAUGUUACAAUACGGCCAGCUCCAGAGACAGUCAAGAGGCCCCAGGAUGCCAAGAAGACCAUGUACCUUGACAUCUGUACCAGGUACCUGGGCAAUGAAGAUGCCAGCAUGUCCAUCCUGGAUAUUUCUAUGAUGACCGGCUUCUCUCCUGACUUUGACGAUCUCAACCUGCUGAGCAACAGUGUGGACAGAUACAUCUCCAAGUACGAGAUGAACACGGCUGUUUCCCAAACCAAAAACACUCUCAUCAUCUAUCUGGACAAGGUCUCCCACACAGAGGAGGAAUGUCUCUCCUUCCGGAUUCACCAGUACUUUGAAGUGGGGCUCAUCCAGCCUGGAUCAGUCAAGGUCUACUCCUAUUACAACCUGGACGAGUCCUGCACCCGCUUCUACCAUCCGGAGAAGGAGGACGGGCAGCUGAGCAAGCUUUGCCACCAGGAUCUGUGUCGCUGUGCUGAGGAGAACUGCUUCAUGCAUCAGGAUGACAAUGACAUCACGCUGGAGUACCGGCUGGACAAGGCCUGCGAGCCCGGAGUGGACUAUGUGUACAAGGCCAGGCUGGUGGACAUGGAGCUGUCGGAGGACUUUGAUGACUACAUCCUGGUGGUGGAGCAGAUUAUCAAGUCUGGCUCUGACGAGGUGAAGGUCGGUGAUCGGAGACGGUUCAUCAGCCACAUCAAAUGCAGGAACGCCCUGAGGCUGCAGAAGGGGAAGCAGUACCUCGUGUGGGGGUUGUCCUCCGACCUGUGGGGGGAGAAGCCCAACCUCAGCUACGUGAUCGGGAAGGACACGUGGGUGGAGUUGUGGCCCGAGGCGGACGAUUGUCAGGACGAGGAGAACGAGAAGGUGUGUCAGGACCUGGCCAGGUUCGCGGAUGACAUGGUGGUCUUCGGCUGCCCCAACUGACCCCCCCCCCAACACACCCACCUACUUACGCUCCACCUGCCCCUCCCCCAAUAAAGCUUUGGUUGUUUUUCA